AUGUCCGACUCCGACAGCGACAGCGACAGCGACAAGGAGGACAAGUUCGAUGGCAAGGACCUGGACCCCAUGCUCCAGAAGGCCUGCGUCAACAACCCGCGGCUCCAGCAAAAGCUCAAGAACAUGAAGAAGAUCCGGCGCGAGCAGGAGGAGGAGAAGCGCGCCAUCCUCAAGUCGGGCCGCAUGGUCAAGUCGUGCACGUGGCAGUGGACGGACUGGAACGACCUCGGCGAGUGCCUCGGCAACGAGGUCCACGUCCACAUCCAGCUCCCCGCGGGCACGAAGCGCGAGCGGCUCAAGGUCAAGACGCUCCGCCAGCUCAUCGAGGUGAAGCUCCUGUCGACGACGGAGGGCGCCGACUCCGGCUGGCACCCCAAGGCCCUCCCCACGGCGCCCGAGGCGGCGGCCGCGGCCCCGGAGGCGGCGACGCCGCCGCCGCCGCCCGAGCCCGUCGCCAUCGGCGACCGCUACGUGUCGUACGCGUCCGGGCGGCACAAGGGCGAUUCAACGUACACGUCCAUGUUCGCCAAGGGCGAGCGCGCCAAGGCCAUGGACAUCCGAAACGAGCUCGAGGCGCUGAAGGACAAGGGCCAGUACGAGGAGGCCAUCGACCUCCGGGACCGCCUCCGGAGCGUCUGGUCCAAGUGCUCGCGCGCGGUCAUGCUCGACGUCACGGGCGCCGCGGCGAAGAACGGAUCGCGCCACGCCCUCGCGCCGGGCGUGAUCGACGCGCUCCGCGACGACCUCAAGCUCGCGGCGGCCGAGGACCGCCUCGAGGACGCGCUCAACUUCCUCACGGCGCUCAACGCGUCCGGCAGCGGCACGGGCCAGUCGUCGGACGCCGCGGCCGCGGCCGCCGCGGCGCCGCGGCGCGGCAAGGCCCUCGGCGCCAACUCCUUCGGCCACGCCGCGCGCCGCGACGCGUCCCGGGUCGCGUCGUCCGCGCCGCGGAAGCUCGUGACCGCGCCGGAGCCCAAGAAGCUCGACACCGUGCUCCUCCGCGGCGACCUCUACGGCGAGAUCGAGAACCAGGGCACGGUCUGGCACCUCGACGACGGCGUCCUCAAGAUCGAGAUGACGAAGAUCUCCGCGACGACGGGCACGCCGGGCCAGGGCGGCUUCGAGUGGCCCUCGCUCUUCAAGACGGACAAGUUCCGCGAGAACAAGGGAAUCGUCUCGCGUUCGGGCUGCCCCUUGGCUCUGUUCGCGCGCUGCCUCCGGCCCGGCAUGGCCUCCGCGGCGGACCUCGAGGCCGGCGCCUGCGGCGGCGUCGUCGUCGAGCUCGUCAACGUCGAGGGCUGCGGCAAUUUGAAGCGCAUCAACGGGCGCUUCCUCCCCGACGAGGUCACGGCCGUCGUCGGGGGCCACGACUCGGGCGCGUCGACGCUCCUCGAGGCCGUCUGCGGGCGCCACGCCUUCCGCGGGUCCAUCCUCUUCAACGGCAGCGGCCUGCACGAGGCCGGCCGCGCGUGCCGCCUCAUCGGCGGCGCGGCGACGCCGUUCGCGUCCUGCCUCACGAUCAAGCAGGCGCUCUACUACGCGUCCAUGCUCGCCGGCGGCGGCGACGGCGCCGCCCAGCUCGGCCGCGCCGACGCGGCCAUGGCCCUCUUUCGUCUGGAGCCGCUCAGGGACGCGAGGGUCGCGGACGCGGGCGCCGCGGGCCGCCUCGUCGCCGCGGCCGCGGGCUGCCUCAGCGGCCGGCCCGUCGUCCUUCUGGACGACGCGACGAGGGGCCUCGACGCCGUGGGCUGCGCCGCGCUCGCCGCGGGCCUCGCGCGCGCCGCGGGCGCCGGGCGCACGAUCGCCUGUGCCACGUCGACGCCCGCCGACGGCUUCGCGGACGGCGCCGCGCGGCUCCUCGUGCUCCGCAAGGGCCGCGUGGCCUUUUUCGGGGAGGCGGCGUCGCUGCGCGCCUACGUCGAGCGCCAGGGCCUCGUGGCCCCGAGCCGCGAGCGGCCCGCGGACGCCUUUUUAAGGGCGCUCGACCGAUCCGAGGGCCCGUGGCUCCGCGCGUGGUCCGACGCGUCGCCGGCGACGGGCGUCCUCGAGCCCGUGCCCCUCGUGGCCUCGAGCGUGGCGUCGCCGCCGGCGCCGCCGUUCGUCGCCGUGCUCCGGGUCGUCUUUCUGCGCGCGACGCACGCGUGGCUCGUCGACGGGUCUCGCGGCCGCGCGGCGUACGCGGCCGCGCUCGCGCUCGCGGUCUUCCUCGCCCUCGCGGGCGACGGCACCUGCGGCGCGCCCUACGCCGUCGCCGUGCUCCAGCUCGCCGCCGCGCCCGCGGCGGCCGCGGCCAUCGCGGACCGCGCCGCGGCCGCGGCGGAAAUCCGCGACGGCGUCGUUCCCGCGAAGGCGCUCGCCGCCGCGCACCUGCUUCUAGCGAUGCUCCAGUUCGGCUGCUUCGCGGCGGUCCUCGUCGCGGGCUUCGGCGCCUACCGUCUGAUCGCGCUCUACCCCUGGCUGCGAUUGCCGGCGUACGCCACUCACAAAACCCCGCGGAUCAUCGCGUGGCUCCCCGCGCUGGGCCUCCAGUACGUCACGGGGAGCGCCCUGGGCCUUGUGGUCUCCUGCGCCUUUUCGUCGGCGUCGCGGGCGGCGACGCUGCUGCAGGUCAUCGCUCUUUUUUCCGCGGCGCUCGCGCGGUCCGGCGCGCCCGCGCUGAAAGCCUUCAACGUCGUCGCCUGGGCGUCCGCGGCGCUGACGAGGGACGGCGCGCCCUGGCGGUCCGGCCUCGCCGCCGCCGGCGUCUGCGCGGCGCUCGCGGCCCUGGCCGCGCCCGCGGUCGCGGCCGCGGCCGCGGCGCCGCCGCCGCCGCCGGCGGACGACGGCCGCGCGCCGGACAAGGGCCGCGGCUACGGCACGUCCGUCGUCGACCUGGCCCACGUGCGGUCCAAGCCGCUGCGCGUCGCCGUGAAGGACCUGGCCUGCGAGGGCCUGCGGGGGGCGACGGCGGACUUCGGCGCGGGGUCGAUCACGGCGCUCGUCGGGCCGCGCGGCUCCGGCGCGGCCGUGCUGCUGCGCGCCGUCGCCGGCCGCACCGCGGCCCGCGGGGCCGUGCUCCUCGGCGGCGAGCCCGCGGACGCCGCCGCGCGCCGGGGCCUCGUCGCCUUCUGCGAGGGCGGCCGCGGCGGCGACGAGAUCCCGCCGGGCGCGACGCUCCGCGAGGCGCUGACGCUCGCGGCGCUCCUGCGGACGCCGGCGGCCUGGGCCCGGGAGCGCCGCGCCGCGCGCGUCGAGGCCGUCGCGCGCGCGGUCCGCGUCGACGGGCGCCACCUCGACGCGGCGCCCGCGCCGCGCGCCGCGCGCGACCGCGCGGGUUUCGCCGUCGCGCUCCUCGAGGACCGGCCCUGCCUCUGCGUCGCGGGCCUCGGCGGCGUCGACGGCGCGGGCCAGGCGGAUCUCGUCGGCGCCCUCGUCGCCGCCGCGCGGCGCGCGCGGAAGACGGUGCUCUUCUGCGAUAACGCGCUGCCGCACCGCCUCGCGACGCAGCUCGACGGCGUCGCUCUGAUGGCCCGGGGCCGGCUCGUCCGCUGCGCGGCGCCCGGGGACGUCGAGCGGUUCCUGGACGACAUGGGCGCGCCGGCGGCGCGCGACGACGACCCCGUGCGCGCCGCGGUCCUCGUCUUGGACGCGGCGGAGGCCGCGCCGCGGCUUCCGCGCAAGGGCCCAAAGGCGCCGCCCGAGGGCGCCGCGGCCCUCGAGCGGCCCGCGCCGGGCCCGGGCUUCCUCUUCCAGUUCGCCGUCGCGGUCCGGCGCCUCGCGGCGGCGGGCAGGGCGGACGCCGCGGACUACGUCAUCGCGUCGUCCUGCCUCAUGGCCUUGGUGGGCGCGACGUUCGGCGACGAGCCGGCGCUGGGCCUCUACGUCGCCCUCGUCGCCGGCGCGUCCCUCGCGGCGGCCCAGGCCCUGCUGCCGGGCCGCGACGGGGCCGCGCUGCGCCGCGACGUCGCCGACGGCGCCAUGACCGCGACCGCGGCCGCCGCCGCGCGCGGCGCCGUCCACGCCGCCUCGGCCCUGGUCGCGGCCCUCGCGGGCUUCCCCGUCGCCUGGGUGUUGUUGGGGGUCCGCGCCGGGCCGGGCGACACGGUCCUCGCGGCGCUCGUCGCCGGCGCGCUCGGAGCGUGCGCCGCGGUCGCGGCCGCGCUGCUCGGCGCCGCGGCGCGGUCGGACCUCGCCGCGGCCCACGCGCUCGCGCCGCUCGCGGCUUUGGUCCACCUCUCCGGCGCCGCGGACCUCGGCGGCGUCCUCGCGCCGGUCCUGCGCGGCCUGCCGACGGCCUUCGCGCGCGACGCGCUCCUCCGCCUCGCGGGCCUCCGCGGCGACCGCGCGGCCGUGCCCCGCGCGGACGCGCUCGCCCUCGCCCUCUGGGCCGCGGGGCUCGCGGCCGCGGGCCUCGCCGCGCCCCGCCUGCUCGCCGCCGCGCGGCGCGCGUGA